AUGUCAGCCGCUACUGGAUCUGUACCUGCAGCGGGCCCCAUGUACACGUCCAUCUUGCACAAGUUGACAACAGCAUUGACACCAACCAACCUUGAAAUCAUUGACGAUUCGCAUCUUCAUGCUUCACACGCCGCGAUGAAGGCUCAAGGUGGCCUCAACAAGGAAACACAUUUCAGAGUUAGUGUGGUAUCGCCCUCGUUUGAAGGGAAACCCGUUGUUCAAAGGCAUCGAAUGAUAUACGAUCUGCUAUCUGAAGAACUCAAGGCAAGCUUCUCCCGACUUUUGGCACAGUUGGUUGGAGGCCUGCACGCUCUAAGCUUGAAUACAAAAACUCCAAAGGAAGUCGAGAAGCUUUCCAACAAUCCAUAG